AUGAUGUGCUGCUAUUACUAUUGGAUGUUUCUAUGUAUUCAAGCGCAGGAUGCACUGAAUCUGUUUCGACCGAAAUAUGUUUGUUCACGUCAAAAUGGACCAAUAACAAUCAAACGUAGUAUCAAAUUGGGGAAGUGGAUCACCAUUGAUGAUACAUGGCAACAAUGUUGUGGAUCUAAACAAAGUACGCUAAAGAAAAUCAAAGAUGGUGAGACAUCUCAUAUAGUUCCAUUAGAAAUCCAAGUGAAAAACAACCAUAAAAGACAACGUCGGCGUUGCAGAGGUUUCCGUCGUCCAUCAGUACGUUACUGUACAGCAUCGAUUGUAUCUUCAUCCCUCGCAUUGGCUUCCUAUGAAUGUGUAUUUAAAGACAGUAAUCCGGCGUCGAUUUCGAUAUUCAAGAAGCAAGCAGUAACGUUCGAACACGCCUUAGAAAAUCGCGAUAUGGCUCUAUUGAGAUUCUUUCAACCAAUUGAAUUUCAUCCAAAAUCCCUACCACUAUGUGUAGCUGAAAUUCAUGUUGAAAUUGAUCAACAACAACCAGCAGGAAUUCGAUGUUCAGUUGUUCAAGCAACUCCGAGAAAAAAGAUUUCAUUUGUUACUGAUGUCCAAUCGACCGUAGUAUGGCAGCUUUUAUGUUCUUCGCGUUAG